CACGUCAUCUUUGCUGACAGUGUGCUCUGGGAAGCAUGAGGCCUUGGCUGGUGUUUAGAUUUGUCUGGCUCACGCAGCCAUCUGGUCGGCACUUUCACAGAGACCAUCAGCAUUGGGCAGCUCUGACACUUGCUGACUUUGAAGCCAUAAAUCGCUGCGAGAGGUCAUUGCCUGAAAACUUUAACUUUGCUGGGGAUGUGCUGGAUCAGUGGGCCCAAAAGGAGAAGACACGGGAGAGACCAGCUAACCCAGCCCUCUGGUGGGUGAAUGGCAGAGGAGAUGAGGUGAAAUGGAGCUUCAGGGAACUGGGCACCUUGUCCCGGAAGGCUGCCAAUGUCCUCACCAAGCCCUGUGGCCUACAGAGAGGAGACCGUGUGGCUGUGAUACUGCCCCGAAUCCCAGAAUGGUGGCUUGUAAAUGUGGCUUGCAUGCGAACAGGGCUUGUCUUUAUGCCGGGAACAAUACAGCUGACAGCAAAAGACAUCCUCUACCGGUUAAGUGUGUCCAAGGCCAAGUGCAUUGUGGCCAGUGAGGAGGUGGCCCCAGCAGUGGAGUCCAUUGUGUCAGAGUGUCCUCAUCUCAAAACCAAACUCCUGGUGUCUCCAGAGAGCCGGAAAGGGUGGCUCAGCUUCCAGGAGCUACUUCAAUCUGCCUCUGAGGAGCACAGUUGCGUGGAGACAGGAAGUCAAGAACCAAUGGCCAUUUAUUUCACCAGUGGCACCACAGGCUCUCCCAAGAUGGCACAGCACUCUCAAAGCAGUCUUGGCAUUGGGUACACCCUUUGUGGAAGAUACUGGCUGGACUUGAAGUCCUCAGAUGUCAUCUGGAACAUGUCCGACACCGGCUGGAUCAAGGCUGCCAUUGGCAGUGUGUUUUCCUCCUGGCUUCAGGGAGCCUGUGUUUUUGUGCAUCGGAUGGCCCAGUUCGACACUGACACGUUCCUAGAUACGCUUACCACAUAUCCCAUCACGACUUUGUGCAGUGCUCCCACAGUGUACCGGAUGCUAGUGCAAAAGGACCUUCAGAGAUAUCAAUUCAAGAAGUUGAGGCACUGCUUGACUGGAGGAGAACCACUCAAUCCAGAGGUUCUGGAACAAUGGAAGGCACAAACUGGGUUGGAGUUGUAUGAAGGCUACGGACAGACAGAAGUGGGAAUAAUUUGUGCCAACCAGAAGGGAGAAGAAAUCAAACCAGGUUCAAUGGGGAAAGGAGUACUACCCUAUGAUGUCCAGAUUAUAGAUGAAAAUGGCAAUGUCCUUCCACCUGGCAAGGAAGGGGAAAUUGCCCUCAGGCUAAAGUCUACACGGCCCUUCUGUUUCUUCUCUGAAUAUGUGGACAAUCCAGAGAAGACGGCUGCCACAAUAAGAGGAAAUUUUUAUGUCACUGGAGACAGAGGAGUAAUGGACAGUGAGGGAUAUUUCUGGUUUGUCGGCAGAGCUGAUGACGUGAUUAUAUCCUCUGGGUACCGUAUUGGGCCAUUUGAAGUGGAAAGUGCACUCAUUGAACACCCUGCAGUGGUUGAAUCGGCUGUUGUCAGCAGUCCUGAUCCAAUCCGAGGAGAGGUGGUGAAAGCUUUUGUUGUCUUAUCCAUCCCCUUUAAAUCGUCCAAUCUAGAGAAAUUAACUCUUGAGCUUCAGGAUCAUGUUAAAAAAUCAACUGCACCUUAUAAGUAUCCAAGAAAGGUGGAAUUUGUUGAUGAACUUCCAAAGACCAUCACUGGAAAAAUCAAACGCAAUGUUUUGAGAGACCAAGAAUGGGGACGAAGAUAGCU